CCAUAACCCCACAUUCUACCCCUGAUAGUGGAGUAAGCAGUUAUGGACCCAAAGACAUUCCUUUCAGGAAUCGCGAUGGCAGACCAGCUCUUGUGUAUCACAAUAACUUCAUGUGUGAAAAUCUGGAGAUGUGCGACGUUGAUUUGGCGACAUUGGAGAAAGACCUCUAUCUGCUGGUCCUAGAAACGACAGGAAGAACGUUUACAUUUUCUACCAAGUCUGCAGAUAUUGUGAGGAAAUGGUAUAAGGGACUCAAUAAGCUAUUUGAUAUAGAGGUGGAGCUGAAUACUUGUAUUUGGAAUCUCUAGGUUUACAAAACAAUCAAUAUUAGUAAACCCUUUGCAAUUGGACAACGUGAAUGCUUGCUAUUUUUCCACCGAAUAGAGCUUAUGUUGGGAUAUAAAAAACUCGCCUCUCGAGGUGCAAACUCAGAUACCGA